GCGAGACAGUUGGGAUCCUUCGAGCUGCCGGCUGCGCCCAGCCCCGGAGUGGCUUAUGUGGAGGGCAGCAGCCACGUCCCGCGCCCGAUGCAGGAAUCAGCGCGACAGUGGCGAAUUGACCGAGUGCCAGCGGCCUCUACUGCAGCGGCUGCUGCAGCAGCCGUGCCAGGCAAUCCCUUGAAACGGCAGGUCAUACCUCGACACAGCGAUUUGGAGCUGCAGUUGCUGCGGCGGAUCAGUGACUCCGUGAACAAGAAUUCGAGUUUGGACACCCACCCUGAUCCUAUAUCUUUGCUCUAUGCUGCGCUGCAAACGCACAUGCGUCCCAACGACAAAGAGGAGCAACCUCUGCGGUUCAAGGAUUCACCAUGCCUGGAGGGCUUUACCUCUGCCGCCACGCUUUGUGGUAUGAAGGUUGAAGGAUCACCACGAGCCAACAAAAAGGCUGCCAAGCACGCUGCUGCCAUGAAAAUGAUCAAGGCUUUGUCCGGCUUGGCACGUGAAAGGAAGAAGGGCAUCUCAUUGGAUGAGCUGGACUAA